AUGGGCAGACUUAUCAAGAACCACUUGGGCCGCCUCAUCAUCCUCACCGCCGCAGCCUAUCAAGUUGGCGCUGCCAUUGAAGGGUUCAUUUGGCCCAAGAUAUUUUGGGACUUCCUCACCAAGAACCUCGACCCGGCUGUCAAGCCCAUCCCGAUUCUGCAAACAAUCAACCUCAUCUUUGGACUGGGUAUGCUUGCCCUGGAGUGGCCAUUGAGCUUUGUCGCCGGGUCAAGCCUUCAUCGGUCACUGGAGUUCCGGCUUGCGGUCCUCCCCCUGACGGCACUCACGUCCAUCUUGAUGUAUCAGUCCACCAACCCGGCAAUCUACUACGUCAUUGGAAUGGUUGUAUAUUUUGUGGCAUACAGCGAGGGCGAGGUAUGCUACGCUUCACGACUUUUGCACACGCAAAUCGGCAUGCUAACGUAG